AUGUCAAAUAAUAUAAAAGUCACUCCUGAAAGCGACUCUCAGUCAUUCAAGAGUGAGGAAAGAGCCUUCGAAACCAAGCAGAAUGAAUUUGAAAGCGAGUGGAAUGAAAGAGGCGAGGAAGAAAAGUCAGUCCUCUUGAAACUUGAAGAGCAACUCGGCUAUACACCAGCUGAUUAUGAUAAAGGAAUCUUAUAUAGAGAGGAUAACAAUGUUAGAAAACUUGAUGGAGCUAAAUACUCUCUUCUAGAUACUGAUAUUUUUGAAUUUGGGAGAUAUGGAGUUGGUCUAUAUCUCUACAUGCUCUAUAUCAAACAUAUUAUUAUAGUGUUUGCUAUCAUGACUAUUAUUGCUAUUCCUGCUUUCGUAUCUAAUAUCGGUGGAGGUUAUUAUGAAAGCAGGAACUUCUCAAUCCUAGGAUUCACAAUGCUAGGAAACCAAGAAGGAUUUGAAGAAGGAACUCAGCUCACUGACGGCAUAGAAGCCCACCUAAACAAUGAUACUAAUAGAUAUUUAGUCAUCUACAGUGACCUUGUAAAUACAAUUUUUUUCUUUCUCUUCGUCUACUACCUAAAAUACAUCGGAGCAGUUGCUAUAAAGGAAGCGUUGCACAAGACCCAGACUCCUUCUGAUUACACCCUCUAUGUUACUGGAUUGCCGAACGAAUAUCAGACAUUUAAGAUGAUCAGAGCUGAAGAUGGAAAAGAAAUCACAGAAAAGUACAUAAUAACUGAAAAAGAUGUUGAAGAGCAUUUUGCCCAAUAUGGAAAAAUUGUUGAGAUCACCUUUGCCAGAAAAUUUGGAAAAAUGAUGAAAAUCUACAAGAAGCAAGAUCUGCUCAAUAAGAAAAUCUUUAAAAGAGAAGCUAAGAUUAGAGUAAUGGCUGAGGAUCAAGGAAAGGAUCCUGAUAAAGAAGUCACUGUUGAUUCAGUCCUUCAGAAAUUGGUGUUACAAGAUAGACAAAUGGAGAAGGAUAUUAGGAGUAAUUAUCCUAAGAUUAGGUCUUAUGAUGACUUCCAUGCCUUUGCAGCCUUUGUUGUCUUUGAUGAUGUACUUGCAUGCAAUAAAUGCUUCCUUGACUAUAAAGUUAGUAACAGAAUUCUGUACCAAAACAGACUGAAGUUUCUCGACAAAUAUCAAAUAAAAUGCAAGUAUGCAGAUGAUCCUGUAAAUAUCAAUUGGGAUAACCUGGAGGUCAGUAGGCUUGAAAACUUCUGGAGAUCAGCACUGACUAUAGCCUUUGCUGCAUGUUUAUUAUUCAUCACAUUCUUAGUAGUAUAUGCUAUGAGAUCAUUCCUCAACUCCCUUGCCGAUCCUGAUAAUUGAGGUAAUUAUGAGCUUUUCAACACAAACACUGUUGAUAGAGGAAAUGAGGAAGCCGUAACAUGAGUCUGAAUUAAUGAAGGAUUUAUAUCUGUUCUUUUCGAUACAAGUAAGCAUGACGUUUGAGGAAAUUACAUCAGAGAUUAUAUCCUCAGAACAGUCAUCACCAUUUCAGUAUCCUUUAUUGUAUCAAUGAUCAAUUUUAUGAUCAAAAUAGUCUUCAGAACUCUUGCUAAGUUUGAAAGAUACAAAAGCUUGACGCAUGAGACAGGCUCUAUUUUUAGGAAGUUAUUUGUGUCAAUAUUCAUCAAUAUGGCCAUACUAUUGUUGCUCAUAAAUGCUAACUUCCAAAGCAUAAAGUUUGUCAAAGAUGUCUCAGAUUGGCUACCUAUUGGAGGGGAGCUUUUCUUUAAUGGAAGAUACGAUGAUUUGAGCAGAGAAUGGUAUCCAAGAGUUGGCCUUGCCUUCUGAGUGCUGAUUCUUUCAACAAUUUUCUCGAAUCUUUUCAGUUCAGGAAUGUGGGAGGGAAUCAGAUGGUACAAAAGAACCAUAAAAGCUAAGAGGCAAAUUCUUCAAUGUGAUAUGAAUGUCAAUAUGCUUGGAGGAGUUUUUGAGAUGGAUGCUAAAUAUGGAAUGUCGUUGGCUCUAAUAUUUUUAGCUCAUUUAUACUUUGGAGCAAUCCCUCUAUUGUGCCCAAUCAUGUCAAUUUAUUUCUUUGUCCAAUUUUGGUUAGAUAAAUUAUAUAUUACUAAAUUUGCAAGAAAGCCUCCACACUAUCAGAAAAAUCUUCACAACACCAUGAUUUCAAUAAUCCCAUACAGUACAUUUCUCCACUGCGCUUUCUCUCUAUGGGCAUAUGGGAACCCAGAAAUAUGGCCUUCAAAAGUUGAAGCCAGGGUCGAAAACGGUAUCACUCGCUACUACCCAGAAGACAGGUCCUUCUCCGAAAGAAUCUUCAAUGAAAACUCAAUGCCUCACUUCAUUCUCCUCUGCACUUUGGUCACAAUCUACAUCCUGGAAUUGUUCUCCGAAAACUGCAUUCUAAAACUCUUCAGAAAGUGUCUCUUCAAAAAGGACAAACUAGGUCCAAACUCCGCCAUCAACAUGGAACAAAAGACCUUCACAAAAAUGCGGACAAGGAUGGCCAAAUUCAGCCAGACCAGCUACGACCCUGAACUAAACGACGCCUACGCUAAAAUUCUCCUUGCAAUGAAAGAUGUCGCUAUCAUAAAGAAGGAUAUCGACCCUGAAGCCCUUCCCAAGGCAGAUAAAGACUCCAAGCUGAAGAAGGUCAAGACUUCAGAAAUUGCUUAUAAAGAGUACAAGAAAAAGAAGCAAAUGAAGAAGAAAAUUCAAGAUGAGAAAUUGAAGGGGAAGGAUAUGGAAUUUGAUCCGAAGGAGGAGAAAAAGGGAUCGGAAACUAGCAGAGAUGAUGAUAGUGAGGACCCUUUGACUAAGAAGCCUCAGAGGCAUAGAAAAUUGCCUAAAAUAGAGAAGAAGAAGAAUAGAAAAGAUAAAAAGAAUAAGAAUAAGAAUUCGAAUAAACCAAAGAAAACUCCAUCAAAGCCAAAGAAGAAUGCGAGGCGCUAAAACAUAAAAUUUAGAAAUAAAAAGGUUUAGAAAGAAUUAGUCAUUAUGAGAAUUUUCAUUAGAGUCAUGGCAGUUUUACUCAAAAGAUAGAUACAUCCAGAGCUUUUGGGUAUAUCAAACAGGGAGAUUUGAAGGGGAAUAAAUACUUUUU